AGCAGUGGCACAAUUGCACAAUUUAUGGCAUAUCAUAAUUAAUGCUGUUUCGGGUCUCUCUCUCCUUGGUAAAGAAUUAAUCUUGACACAGCUAGCAGAUGACUCGUGGGCCCAAAGUGGGUCGUGGACCCAUUUCGGGUGGGUCGCGGACAGCAAGUAAAAAAGCAAAUACAUGUAUUCCUAUACUGAUCUUUCCGGUACAGUCCGGCUAAGUUCCUACAUAAAAUAUAACAGGAAAGUGACGAAAGCUUGAGUGCAGCUCAUGGAAAGCAAAAAGGACUUAACAGUAGAGCACACCCAUUUAAAACGGCAUUUAAAAAUACAAUAUACCGUACAUAUGCUUUCAGAGGCUAUCGUUAAACAAACAAAAAAAUCUUUAUUCUUAAUUUCUCUGAAAGUGGGUCGUGACUUCGGAAAGGAAAGUACAGCGCUUGCUGUCCAUAAAUCCACAAUUAUGUAAUCCUGAUGAAAUUCAAAUAGGCAGUCUUUGAACCUGAAGGUUGGGUGACCAGGUCACGAUGAGCUAACAAAGCACUUUAAUGACUUUAAAGAUGAAAGCUUUUCAGGCUCCUUUUUAGACUACCUCAGAUUUGCACACACUCCAGUCCACAGGUUCAGGGUCCUUGAUGAGAACUAGUUGGCGAUUUUAGGCGCCCGGCCGGCAGCCAGUAGUGACCAUCAUGGAGCACCUUCAGCCGCUGCCCACCGAUGAGGAUGUCAACUGGGACAAGCUGCUGGACAACAUCCUAAUGUCGGCCGACACCAUCCUGUGGGGUACCACACCUGCCUGUCCUCCGCCCACUACCACUGCAGUGAGUGAGCCCAAAGAGGCGAUAGAUUCGCUGCCCCUAGAUUCGCCGCCGCUGGGGUGGGGGCCCUCGGAAACGGACGACGAACUCGCCAACGUUCUAGACGACUUUUGGUUGCCCGACUACCUGAGCGGCUCCAUCAACAUCCAAGACCCGGAGGACAACGUCACGGUGACGAACCAGCCUCCUCCCGGGAGGCUUCACGUCGAGCCGGCGAUGUGUGGGGCCCGGACGGCGUCCUCCUCUGACUCCACUGAACCUCCGACAGACGCCUCACAGUCCAUCCAGCAGGAAGUGGAUCAGCCGUAUAUCAAGAAGCCGCCCAACGCCUUCAUGCUGUUCCGCAAAGAGCAGAGUCCCAAAGUCGUCGCCGAGUUCAACAUCACCAACUCUGCGGUGGUCAAUAAAAUUUUGGGGAAGAUGUGGAAGUCGCUGCCAAAGAAGUUGCAGGCAAAGUACUACCAGCAAGCCGAAGAGCACAGAAUCCUCCACAACCUGCAACAUCCGGAUUGGUCCUGCACGGACAACUAUGGCAAAAAGAGGAAGCGUGAUCGCAGCAGCCACAGUGCUGAGGAACCGCUGUGUCAACACUACCACAAGAGCGUUGUUGCGGGGGCACACGCACACACAAACGGAAACGCGUGGCUGCUGACAGACAUCACCACGGAUUGGGUUCCGUAACAUGAAGACACGGCGCAGGUCAAGACCGGACCUUGUGUCUGAGACACAUUCACGAAUGGUGCUGGAAUGCAAGACGAUAACCGUUACGGACAGUAUUGCGGGGGGGGGGUCCAGGCACGGUUUUAG